AUGGGACAACUGAGUCAUCCUAAUCUUGCGAAACUUAUUGGUUAUUGCUUAGAGGAUAUCCACCCCAUUUUGGUAUACGAUUUUUCGCCCGAGGGAAGUUUGGACAAUCAUUUGUAUAAAAGAUCUUCUAAUGUUCAGCCGCUAUCAUGGAAAAGCCGCAUGAAGAUAGCUCUUGAUGCUGCUACGGCUCUUGCAUAUCUUCACGGUGAUGAAGUCAACGUGAUACAUGGAGAAUUAAAUACUUCUAAUAUCUUAAUAGAUUCAAAUCACAAUGCAAAGAUAUUCGAUUUCGGAUUGAAUAAAAAUGAAAGGUUUAGGAGGUGCCAAGAUUUUGCAGUAAUUUACGCAGCACCUGAGUACAUAAUGACAGGUUAUCAAACCAAAAUGGGUGAUGUAUACAGUUUUGGACUUGUUCUGUUGGAAAUUAUGUCUGGCAAAUGUGUAUUUGAUAGAAAUAGGCCACGAAAUGAACGUAAUUUAAUCGAAUGGGCCAAGCCGUUACUCUUGAACAAAUGCAAGAUAUUCAAAGUCAUGGAUUGCUAUAUAGAAGGGCGAGUAUUCAAAGUCAUGGAUUGCUAUAUAGAAGGGCAAUACUCGCCGCGUGAAGCAAUGAGAGUAGCUUGCAUUGUAAUUUGUUGUCUGUCAAAAACACCAAAAAAUAGACCAAACAUGGAUGAGGUGGUGACAGCAUUGGAACAGCUUCAGGAUUCUGAUGACACAAUUGGAACAGCUUCUCCACUUUGUGGAAAUUGACAUUAUUUUCAUUUUUGAAUAAAUAUUAGAAAGCAUCACCUCUAUUUAUUCUU